AUGGCAAAGAAAAUUUCCAUACUCUCUGGUCUUAUUGUGACUCUAGUCAUUGCAUUGUACUUCAUCGAUGAGGCUGCAGCGCGAGACGUGCAUCUAGUGAAACUCCACGAUGUAAAACCCGAAACUUUGGAUAAGUUGAAAGCAGAAGAAGAAGUACAACUCAUGAAAGGAGAGUCAAAAGACCAUCUUCUAAAGGAGAUUGAGAAGGCGAAGAAUCUGCUCGGAGAGUUGAAAACGAUGAAGAAGCAAUCAUCAAAUGGUGAUAUGAAAGGAGAGUUGAGUUCUUUGGUGAAAUCCGAAUCGCUACUUAACGAAAUCUCAGAUUCUCUCAAGAAUGGAUCGUACAACACUAACAAAGCUACCAUUUUUGUUGAGAAAGAAUCAUUUUUCUAUAGAGCAUGGAAGGAGAAUGCAUAUCAAUCGGUUGUUCCGGAGAAAGAGAAAGAGUUCAUGACUACCAUCAAACACAUUGUGAAGUUGUUGAAGAAAACUUAG